AUGACGCCCUUUUCUACGCGGUUUCUCGUGGUGUUGUUUGCUUGUUUGCUUUGUGCCAAUAACCACAACGUGGUCCAUGGUUUAGUGUUUGGUGUUAUUGGAGAUUGGGGCUUGGGCGGCUAUGCGAGUGGUUGGAACACAGAGAUCAUCUCAACGCGACGUUACGUGGAGGUAUGUGGAAACCUUGGCUGCAAUUUUACAAUCAGUGUUGGAGACAACUUCUACUGUGGCGAUCUGUCGUACUGCAUUCAGCAUUCCUUUGAAGAAGACAUGGCAAACGUAUCGGGCCCUUUCUUCCCAUGCGCAGGAAACCACGAUAAAAUUGGGGGGCAGAUACAGUACUCAAGUCGGAAUCCGCGGUGGUACUGGCCAGACAAGUACUACACCGUCAAGCUCCCCAUCGACGACACGGGGUACACAGUACAACUUUUUGCGGUGAACACACUUGACAAGUCGCUCAAGAACGGCCACCAGUUGCAGUGGUUGACGGAAGAGCUCCGAAAAAGCAAUGCGCGGUGGAAAAUCAUUUUUGGACAUUACCCUAUUGUUGGAAGUGGUAGACACAAACGUGUCCCCACAGUGAACCAAAUCAUGCGGCUGAUGAAGGAGUACAAUGCACAGGCGUACUUUAAUGGCCACGACCACGUCGUGGAGGUGAACAAUGUAGAGGGGCGCGUGCUUGCGGCCAGCGGCGGCAUGUCGCGUGGCGCAAUGAUGGCGCACGGCCUCGGUGGUGCGGCCCGGCGUUUUACGCUUACGUCUCCCUCCGAGUACAGCCCGUACGUGCAGCCUUGGGCCAGCCACGGCUUUAUGACGGUGGACCUCGCACCGAACACGAUGAACAUUAAUGUGUGGGAUUCCAAUGGCGGCAUGCACUACGAGUUUGUGGUGACGCAAGAUUGGAUGAGUAAAGUGAUGGAUCUACCAGAGUCGGCUCGAAACAUGUGGCCUCCACCAGAGGUGGUGCUGCAAGCGAUGAAGGAUGAACUCACACUUCCCCGCGGUCCUGGUGGUGGAAUUGUGUUCUUAGCAAACGGGACGCGCGUGACACUUCCCGAGGGAACAGAGAACAAAAGUGGUGAAGCUGUCUCUCAUCCCCCAACACCAACACCAACACCAACAUCCCCACCAACGCCAACACCGGCGCCGACGCCCGCACCUGUAUUGCCACCAGAACCUACGCUUCCACCGGCACCUGUCCCAGAUUACGUCCGUUACGCUGUGGCAACCGAGUGCGAUGUGUGUGAUGCAAAACCAAGAGUUGGAAAGCGCUUCACUGUGCACGUCAAUGGUGUGACUCUGGGACCAGCGCACAGGGUGUAUCUGACAGGCCGUCCUGAGGGCUGCGGUGGCGCUGAGCAGAAUAGACAGAUUCUGCCGGGAACCCACGUUGAGAAGCCUGAUCGGAAUGCACUGCUAUUCAACGUCUCCCAGGUAAUGGAAUCUGUAUACGUUUGUCUAAGUCUUGACGGUGGUGCUACGUACGGCCGGAUUUUGCGAGAGGACACCCUGGAUGAAUCAUUUGUCUUUGCCAUAGAAAACAUCUAG